UAGGAGACAUGAAAGAUGGCUGAGACAAAGGGAGCUGGUCACGAUGACCAAGAAAGUUUGCUCCUAUCAGAUCUUUAUUUACACAGGUGUGUUCUCACAUCUGCUGGUCUGUCGGGCUACAGCAUGUUACUUUAUCACUGUGUGAAAUUGGGAGCCAGCAGGACAAGCAAUUGUUUGUUUCGGGCCCUGGGAGACCAGCUUGAAGGGCACUCACGGAACCACCUCAGACAUCGCCAGGAAACGGUGGAUUACAUGAUAAAGCAGCGGGAGGAUUUUGAGCCUUUUGUGGAGGAUGAUGUGCCCUUUGAGAAACAUGUUACCAAUUUGGCAAAGCCUGGUACCUUUGCUGGCAACGAUGCUAUUGUGGCCUUUGCAAGAAACAAUCAAAUGAAUGUGGUUAUUCAUCAGCUUAAUGCUCCGCUGUGGCAGAUUCGGGGCACAAACAAAAACAACGUGAGGGAACUUCAUAUUGCCUAUCGUUAUGGAGAGCACUACGACAGCGUGAGGAGAAUCAAUGAUGAUUCUGAAGCUCCAGCGUAUCUUCAGAUGGAGAUGCUUUGCAAAAAUGAUUCAAAUAAGAAGGAGGAAGUGACGCCACAGAAGGGUGAUUCUGAAGAUGAGAUUGAAGUUGAAAUGGAAGACGCUGUACAAAAAGUGUGUAAUGCAACGGGAUGUUCAGACACUGAUUUAGUAAGCCACAUUCUGGAAGUGGAAGACUACAAUAUAGAAUCUGCAAUAUUUGCCAUCUUUCGAGUGAAUGAAGUGGAAAGAAUCAGCGCUGAGGAGCAGCAUGAUCCCCAGAGCAAAGAUGAGAAAUUGUGUAGCAGAACUCUGCAGGAAGAAAAUGGAAGUGCUUCAAGAGUCUUUGGAAAUCAGAGCUUGCAUCAAGGUGAAAUAGAAAACAACAAAGGACAGGCUAGAUCCGAUGAAGAGAAUCGAGCCAGCAGAAACCCAAAGGUAUCUAAAAAACAAAAGAAGGAACAGCAGCGGCUGGAGAAGAAGAAGCGGCAGGAGGAAAGGCACCGACAAAAGGUCUUGGCCAACAAGAGUAACUGUGCAGAUAGCAAGAGAGACACAGACUCAAACAACCACGUCACCUUGGUGAAGGCCAUGGCAGCUCUAAACAUAUGACUGGAUGUGUUCAGAGCGCUCUGGUGAGAAAAGCAAAUAAAACUGAUGAAGACAGAACUCCCCUUAAGCAAACUGCCAAGCACCUAUUGGUAUCUUAAAAUCCGUUUCUGCGGAGAUCUCUAAGCACACAUCAAUUUCCUGUUUCUUCGAUUGUGGGGCAAACAAUUAUUCAGUAAUUCUGCAUCAGCCGGUGUGUGAGAAGAGCUGUAUGUGCUUGACAAAAAGUAGAGACUUGUUUUUAUCAUUUUGGAGUUAGAUGAAGGUGAGAACCUUUUCGCCACACAGCAUUGUCAGCUUUGAUUUGAGAUCUCUUGAUGUACUUAGAUUAUUUUUUUCUUAAUAGCAAAUUUUUACUUGGUUACGCUUGGAGGAGCUUUAUUUUACCCUGCUAUCAGGGAAAGCUUAAUAAUUCAACUCAGGAACAUGGGGCGCUUUUUUCUAUUUAAAUAAAGUAAGGGAACAGAAUCCCAGAAUCCUUUUGAAAGCGAACUGUGUCAGGCAACACUAUCAGACAUGAGAUUCCUCUUUUUUCCCAUGCAAGAAUGCAGUGAUAAGAUUUAAUCUUAACUAGAACUGCUUGUGUUGUUGCACCAGGCUGUUUCAGAAGCGAUUAAUACAUGAAGGGAGAGCAGGAUUGCUACAUCCGUGCUUGCUUCUUCCUUAAGUUUGAGACUGGCUCGUUUGCUAGCUGUUGAGACCUGCAGGGAGAAGAAAAAGAAAAAAAUUAUUACCAGUGGACUUGUGAGACUGCAAAGCCAAUUCAGCCGAUCUGGUGAAGUCUAAUGAGGUUGUAAAAUGUGACGUGAGCAGAUGUGAGAUUUCUGUUGAGUGUUGUUACUGGGCUACUCCAGAGCUUUAGUCCAAGCCAGGAACUGCUAGUCUCCAAAGGAAAUUAGUAUAGCCAAAGGAUCAAGAGUCCUGGGAACAAGCUUCCAAGCAGCAGUGAUCACUGGGAACCCUGCCUGCUUCACUCUUCAUAAAUCAAGCUUUUUCCAGGGUAGGAUUUUUUUCAUCUUGAAUUCCUCUUUGGUAAGGUCACCAAGUACUGUAGUACGUACAGGCUGAAUCCUGUGAUGCUUCCCACUAUAGGAUUGUGAAUUUGGACUGAGGUGUAAGGACUGUGGGACUUGGCCCUUGAUUUAUGGCUUGCAGUGUUUCAGCUUCACUCAGCUUUUUGGACUUGGAUCAAGCGCUGAGCUUGAGGAAAGCACAUAUGCACUUACACACACAAUAGGUAACAGGAGACCUCAUUAGCCAGGGCAGAGACAAUAGAUUUUUUUGAAAGUAAGGAAUUUUGCUUUUGAAAAAAUUCUAUGCAAAAAUUCUUUGAAGUUUCCAAAUCGGCAUGGAAAUAAAAAUGCCUUUAUUGACGGAACUGACAAGAUCUGAGCUAGUACUUCUUCAUACGCUCUGCUACUAUUUAUCGAGCAUUUGAAGAAUAAAAAGAAAGGAGUUCUGCUUUAGGUACUGGUGGUGUAAGAGAGCAGGCUUUAAUGCUGGUGAAGAAGUGCCUUUGGUUCCUCUAAUGAGCUUGGUGGAAAUAAAAAGUAAUACAAAGCAGCUCUCAUGCUUUAUGGUGGGACAUAGUGUCUGGCCAGUGAAGCAGCGUGUUCGGUGCUGCUCUGAGUGCCAGGUGUGAGUAACUGCUGUACAGGGAGGUCUGAGUAGUAUUUCAUAGGGAGAGCAUGGAUGAGUCUUGAAUUCACAGUACUGUUCUUAAAGUGAAAAAUUACUUUGGUAAAAUCCAUUUUACACCAACCUUAGCCUGUUGAUAGCAAUAUUGCUUCCUGGAAUUCUUUUUUCUCGAAACAGUCACUUUUAUAGUAGUGGAAAGUGGCAAGUUGUAGCUUAAUGGGGAGAAAGUGCAAGUCACUUCACAAGUGUGAUGGGUUGAAGACAGUGGGCAUAGCAGGGUGGCUCAGGUAAACGUGUCACCUCUUUCUUGCCCAGCCAUAUUUUGAUUUGAAAGAUGGGUAGAUUCUGCAAGUUUGAAAAGAUAACAGGAAUUUGCAGUUGUACACUACAAAUAAGAUGUUUGAUCUUAAUGAAUUGCUUUUUUGUCUUCCUGAGCCAGAGCUGAUAAGAGGAUUGUUGUUGCUUUGAGCCCAUUGAGCCGGGAAGGGAGUUGACCAGCAGCCAGCAGAUGGGAAGCUGAGCUUCUGUAGGUGUGAAGGGAUCUGCAAAGCCUAACCUCAUCCAAGGCCAGGCCUGCGACAGCAAUGCAGCUUCAACAGCAAAGAGAGGCUCAUGGCCUUGGAUACCUGUAACCAAAUAUGUGGCUCAAAAUGCUUUUAUUUCCAGGUGUAAUACGAUUAAAACAAACUCUUGCUGUGCUGGGCUUCUAAGUCUUGUAUAUUUGCCAGUAUAGCUUUGUACCUGCAAAAACAUUUUGGAUCCAAAGAUGUUAAAACUUUCUGUUGCAGAUUUUUCCUUUAGCUGUUGAAAUUUCCACCUGCCCCUAUGAUGUGUAUUUUUUUAGGGAAUCCUUAUGCCACGGUCCUCAGGCAACUCACUUUUCUGCAGAAAAUUUGUUUUGUACACAAAGUCAUGAAUUUUUUCCGCGCAGGAGGAAGGGAGGCAAAAACUGAGAGAAACAUGAUUCAUAGCUCGUGUUUACUCCUUGGUGGAGCUAACUGUGUGGUCAUAGGACAGCAAGCACUGCACGUUCCCUUGGUGUUUGAGGAGGAUUACUGUUUGUUCCGAGCUGCUCGCUCACAGCUCGGAGGGUCACGAGUGGGCAGAGGGCCAGAGGUGUGAUGUGACUGCUGCUGGACUGGCAGCAUCACUGUCAGCCUCUUCAAGGUACUGUCAUGGCAGGACAGUGUAGAAAGCUGCUUUUCCUGCAUCAUAUCUACCACCAUUGUCUUCCCCAAACUUAUUUUUACCAAAUCCUGCCUUUCCAGGUAAGGGAUUCUGCUGAACUGGAAGUUUUAAGCGUUUAACUGGGUUUUGUCUGCUGCCCAUGUGUGUCUUGGCCUAUCAGUGGAUAGGAGGGCUCUUCUGCUUGUGCUCCUCAGUUUCUGGUGUACCUCGUUCCUUCUUGGAGGGCUGCCUUUUGGUUUAUUUUUUGCUUUUUUUGCCUCAUCUGCAGUGCCUCAACAGCAGCAGAAGUCACCUCAUCUGCGGUAUCCACAUCCACGGUGCUCUCUGAUUCCUUUUCUGCUGGAGUCUGUUGAAACUAUGCAAGAGUUUUCUUCUCCUUUCCACCUCUGGACUCUCAGCAGAGAACCUGCUUCUGUUACCAACCCAAACCUCUGGUUUUUGGAUGCUGAGUGCAAUAAAGGUGGCAGAGAUGUGCCAGCUGAACUGUG